CGGUAUCGCCGUAAGUAACGCCAUGAACGCUGCGGCCGGAUCUUUUCCAAGUCCUAGUCCAACUCAUUCCCCUAAUAACUCGGCCUUUUCGGGUUGGAAUCAUAAGCGCGUCAAAUACGAAUAUUCCGAGGCCACCACGCCUUCAUCCAGUCAAUCUUCGCCUAGGGUCAACACACCCGGUGGUUAUCAAUUACCAGGCCUAGGAGCUGGUCCGGCAACACCGGGCGCCAACCCAUCUACACCACAAGCCUACGCUAGUAGCAACCUGCAGAUGGUGACCAACGCCUCGAGUCCGCAUUAUUCUAACGCGACCAGCAACGGGGGCACACCCACCUCGACCCACGAAGGUCUGGAUCGCUAUAUUGAACAUGGUGCCGUUUUGCAUACUUCGUCACCUGAAAAUGUUGGUAAUGCGGAAGAGUCGAGACGCUACGAGCAAUAUCGGCAGCGAGAAGACCCACCAGCUUCAGAAGAUAUCAAUG